CCUCCUUGCAGCCCAAGCUCCCUGCUUGCAGCCUGAGCCCCCUGGCUUACACCCCGAGCUCCCUCCCUGCACCCAGAGCUCCUCGCUUGCACCUCCCCUGCUUGCACCCUGAGUUCCCCUUCGUCCCCGAGGUCCCCCACUUGCACCCGGAGGUGUCGUCCCCCUUCUUGACUGCCCCAUCAGCCACAGAUCCCUUGUGCCCAGCCAAGGGUCUGCCGGCGGUCUCUGCCGCCAUGGAAUUCUCGGAACUGAUCAAGACAGCAACGGUGGAGAACGUGGUUCUGUCGUGUGUGGGGCUGCCGGCAGUGAAGGGCACCCUGUGCAUCACCAGCCACCACCUGCUCCUCUCCUCCUGCCCCGGGGGGGAUGCCCAGCCCAGCACCUUGGAGCUGUGGCUGCUCAUUCGCAACGUGGAUGCUGUGGAGAAGAGGCUCACUGGUUCCUCUGGCACCAUCACGCUCCACUGCAAAGAUCUGAAGGUGCUUCAGCUGGAGAUCCCGGGCACGGAGGAGUGUCUGAACGUCGCCAGCUCCAUCGAGGCCCUCUCCUCAGUGGACUCGGUGAUGAUGAUGUACCCGUUCUUCUACAGACCCCAGAGCCUGAAGCUGGAGGAAGGUUGGAGCCUCUUCCCCCUGCAGAGGUACUUCCAGCAGAUCGCCUCGCAGACAAACCGGUGGCGGCUGAGUGAGGUGAACCAAGACUUCACCACCUGCCCCACGUACCCCCCCGCUGUCAUUGUGCCGGCGGGGGUGGACGACGACUCUUUGAAAAAGGCGUCCCGGUACCGGCAGGGCGGGCGGUUCCCCGUCCUCAGCUAUUACCACCGUGAGAACGGCACCGCCCUGCUCCGCAGCAGUCAGCCACUGACCGGACCCAACCGAAAGCGCUGCCGGGAGGACGAGCGGCUGCUGGGGGCGGUUCUGGACGAGGAGCACCGGGGCUUUGUCAUCGACACACGCUCAGCACAGGCAGCAAAGCAGGCACGGAUGACUGGGGGGGGAACAGAGCCCAAAUCCUCCUACCCACAAUGGAGGAGGCUGCAUCGGCCCCUGGAGAGAGGCCGCCCACUGCAGGAGAGCUUCAUGAAACUGGUGGAAGCCUGCAAUGACUCCUCCCUCAGCAUGGACCGCUGGCUGAGCCGGCUGGAGAGCUGCCGCUGGCUGAGCCACAUCAAGGCAGCCUUGAGCACAGCCUGCCUGGCUGCCCAGUGCAUGGACAGGGAGGAGAGCAGUGUGCUGGUGCACGGGGCAGAGGGGACAGACACCACACUGCUGGUGACAGCACUGGUCCAGGUGAUCCUGGACCCAUCCUGCCGCACGCUGCUGGGCUUCCAGGGACUGCUGGAGAGGGAGUGGAUCGAGGCUGGACACCCCUUCCACCUCCGCUGCGCCCGCUCUGCCACCCCCCAGGCCCGGCUGAAGCAGGAGGCACCACUUUUCCUCCUCUUCCUGGACUGUGUGUGGCAGCUGAGCCGACAGUUCCCCUUCUCCCUCGAGUUUGGUGAACACCUCCUGCUCACCCUCUUUGACAAUGCCUACGCCUCUGCCUAUGGCACCUUCCUCUGCAACAAUGAGAAGGAGAGGUGUCUGUGUAAAGUGAAGGAGAGCACACACUCCCUCUGGGCUUGGUUGAACCAGCCUGGGGAGAAGAAGAAGUACCUGAACCCCCUCUACUCACCCAACCCCCUGGUCAUCUGGCCGUCUGUUGAGCCCCAGAGCAUCCAGCUAUGGCAGGGUUUAUUCUUCCGAUGGAUCCGUUCAUCCCAGUACCUGGAUGAGGCCUGGGCAGAGAUCCAGCAGUUAGUGGAGAGCAACCACCUCCCUGGGAAGGAGAGCAGAGGGCUCAGCCUGAACCAAAACCUCUCCAACCCCACUGCCCAGACAGAGAACAAAAGAUGAGCAGCAGUGUGGGCAGCUCGGUGCCUGUGGGAGGAGCUGUACAGGACAUACCCCAGGAUGGCUCCAGGAGGGGGCACAGACCCCUUCACAGCCCCUAGGUUUGUUUCAGUAAAGCACCCACUCUCCCAGCCCACGCCUGCUUUUCUGCUCAGAUGUCGGGGCAGAAGCAGACGGGGCUCCUUCCUGCUGAGGUUCUGGGUGGAUCAGAACCUCUGGCAGAGCAGCAGGCAGGGGCAGGUCGAUGGACCCAGCAGCACCAGCCCCUGGUAGCUCUCAGCACAGCAAAAGCAAAGCAGCAGAACCCAGCAAACCCACAGCACCCACCCCACAGUGGGUGGGCUGGAGGGGUGCAGCAUUUCAAGCAGGAAAUGUGCCCUUGAACCCAGUCCUGAGGAAGGAAAGAUCUACAACCCCCCCCAGACAAACAGACACAGGAGAAGGGCUGUGAGGACGAGGCUCUGUGACACAACCAGUGCAGGAAAUAACUGUUCCAUGAGGAAAGCUGGCCCAGGGUCAAGCACCAAGAGCCAGGAAUGUGCAUGUCACCUGGGAAACAAGCUGCUAUCCCCUGCACACCCUGGGAUGGACCCUCAGAUCCUCCCUAGGGAAGAGUUAACAGCUCCAACAGAGCCGGGAGGGCAAAGCUCUCAGUUUAAUUUUGUUAAAAAACAAAACAAAACAAAACCCAAACCCCCA